AACAAACCCCGAGAAGACAAUCCUACUGUCGCAAACUUGACGCCUCCACACACCCGCACCCGCACCCGUCGCGCGCCCCCGGAGGCUAAACCCCCCCUCCCCCCCGCCUUCUCUGACGCGGCGUCAAACGGAAGAUACGCACACCACAUCCGGCCGCGAUGGGCAAAUCACAGUCGAAACUCUCGCAGGAGGAGCUGGCUGACCUGCAGAAUGCGACGCUGUUCGACAAGAAGGAGCUGCAGCAAUGGUAUAAGGGCUUCCGGAAAGACUGCCCCACAGGCACGCUCACCAAGGACGAGUUCCUCGAGAUUUACAAGCGUUUCUUCCCGUUUGGCGACCCGACGUCGUUCGCCGACUACGUCUUCAACGUCUUCGAUACGGACAAGUCGGGGACCAUCGACUUCAAGGAGUUCAUCUGCGCUCUGAGUGUCACGAGCCGCGGCAAGAUGGAGGAGAAGCUCGAUUGGGCUUUCCAGCUGUACGACAUUGACGGCGACGGCAAGAUUAGCUACGCCGAGAUGCUAAAGAUUGUCGAAGCGAUUUACAAGAUGGUCGGCACAAUGGUCAAGCUCCCCGACGACGAGGAUACGCCCGAAAAGCGCGUCACUAAGAUCUUCCGCAUGAUGGACAAGGACGAGAACGGCAGCCUCGACAUAGAGGAGUUCAAGGAGGGCAGCCAGCGCGACGCCACCAUUGUAUCUGCCCUGUCCCUGUACGACGGGCUAGUGUGA